UUAAAUUUGGCGCUUGUCUUAACUUCCGCAGUUGGUACGGUAAAAUCCCCUAAAUUCCAGCAGAAAGUCAAGUGGAACUGUCAAAUCGCAGCUAAUCGCUUCAAUUUCCCGUCGCCAUAACUGCGACGAGAUCGUCAUAGAGUGUUUUUCGGAAAAAAGUCGUCGUUAACGACGCGGGGAGUUUCCUGCUCCCGAAGAUUUUCGGCCCCAAAGUACACCUGCCUUUUUUGACGUACGGAUAAGUUGGAAGCAAGGCUGAUUUGAACGCAGUUUGUUUUUUGUCUGACGUUUUAUAAACAUGGCUUUUUAAAAUGUCUGCCUCGAAAUCGUGCGUAGCCACUCCGAUCGGAGGUGCUCAUUCCAAAAGCAUCGUAGUUUUUAAGUGUGGAGGACGGGAUGGAGAAAAAGGGGAACAGAAAUGCGCAGUCUUCUACCAGGGGGCUCGCUGUUACUGACCUAAAGAAAAAUCAAGAUGUCAGUGGCAAGGCUUGGCCACGCGGCAGCAGGCGCCGCGAGCCGCCCAGCGCCGCGCUGGGCUCCAAGGCGGAACCGUCGCGGAAACCUGCGCCGCAACGCGCCAAAACCCUGGACAAACGCCCGAAACCGCGCGGCACCUACUACACUGGGAGCGGCGCCGUGGGCAGAGCAGAGGCGCCCCAGCUAAACGAGGCCGACGACGCCGAAUUGGGUUCAGUUUUUCUACCGGGCAGUAAGAAGCAGAGCCUGAAUCAUCUGCUCAACUUCGUUUAUUCGACGCCCAGGGAGGGUCACGUCGCCUCGGAUAGAGGUGGCGCUGCUGGUGGUGGGAAGAUGACCGCUAGCAAGAUGAUGGUCACCAAGAAGCACAAGUACAACAAGGAGCAUUUUUUGCAAGCCAAUUGUCAAUUUAUUGUCCAAGAAUCUGGCGAUUACAAACAAUACAUGAACAACCCUGAUGCCUUAGUUGACUGGAAUCUUAUUGAGCAAGUGAAUGUGCAAGUAUCUGAAUUCCCUGCCUGUCCGAUUUGUCUAUUUUCGCCUGUAGCAGGAAAAAUGACUAAAUGCGGCCACAUUUACUGCUGGUCCUGCAUCCUGCAUUAUCUUGCUCUGUCGGACAAGACAUACCGAAAAUGUCCGAUAUGUUAUGAAUCCGUACACAAGCAAGACCUCAAAAGUGUUGUCGCGAUUCCUCACCAAACGUUCAACGUGAACGAAACGAUUACGUUCAAGCUGAUGAAACGUCCUCGCGGUUCACUAAUAGCAUACCCUAUCGACUUCGAAACGAAAGACGAAAACGUUAUGUUCACGAUGUCGGAAACGGACGCCGGCGACAUCCAUUCGAAGUUACUAACGGCGAAUAGGAACGAAAUCAUGUCGAUCAUCGACAGGGAAAACGCGGAGUUGGUCGUUCAGAUGAGCGAGGACGAAAACGCGCCGGAAAGGUGUUUCAUCGAGGAGGCGAUCGGAUUGUUGGAAAACAGGGUGCAACAGGUGUUGGCGAAAACGCACGAGGCGAAGGCGAGUGUCGCCGAGUCAGUAGCGGAGACCGCGGCUUUGGAAAAGUUGGAGCAAUGUUCGCUCAAUGAUUGCGAUACUGAUAAUAACGAUUCUGUGAUCGAAAACGAUAUUAACAACGUCAAUUCGAAUAUACAGCCAUCGAAGUUUUAUUAUUUUUAUCAAGCGUCCGACGGUCAACACAUCUAUCUUCACGCUAUAAACGCGCGCAUGCUCGAACACACGUACGGGUCCCUAGAAUUUGGCCCCAAGACCCUGAGCGGCAAAAUCCUCGAGAAAGAGGGCGGUUCUAUGACGGAGGAGCUGCGCAAACGCCUGCGCUGUCUGCAACAUUUGCCCGUCACAUGUCAAUUCGAGGUGGCCGAGAUCCAGCUCAGACAACCGACAGUCAACAGGGACACGCUGGAACAUUUUCAAGAACAAAUCGAGGUGAGAAAAAAGCGUCGCCAACGCAGGGCAAAGGAGGAGAAACGUCGCGAAAAGCGCAUAGCCGAGGAGGAAAACCGGCAAAUGGGCAAAUACCCUGUUGCUAACAUUCACCUGGAAUCCUAUCAGCAAUUUCCAGGGUUCGAAUCGCGCGCCAGGUGCGAAUCCGAAACCACUCAGCUUAGCGAAGCUGAUUCCUAUUCGGAAGCUUCGUCGCCUGCUAAUUUCGGCAGCUUGCCCAACGAAAAUGCUUGCUGGGGACCAUCUUUUGCCACAAUGCUAUCCACUGAAAAAAAGCAAAAACCUCCAUCUUGGCCAAACUUACUGUCAUCAUCGUCAUCAUCGAGAGAGGACGCGCCCAAACUGAUAAACGUCACUGGACGCCGUAUGACGUCGCAAAAGGCGGCAAACGGCGACGACAGCGACUGCGAUCUUGAGGGAUUCGAACCCAUCCAGUCGUUGAACAGAAACUUGGGAGACGCUAUCAUGCAGGCCCUGCAAAACGUUGAUAUCGUAGAGGAAGAUUUCCCUUCAUCAUCAGGCAAAAAAAAGAAGAAAAAGAAAAAUCAAAAGGUGCUAUUUACAACUAAUGUGGCUAUUUCAGGAAAUAAAUACUAAAAAAAUAAAUUUAAAAUUUACCGUGAUUUAAUUUUUUUAUAUGUAUAUAAAAAAACUUUAUUAUUUGUUAAUAAAUUAUGUAAACCAAUGCUUCAAAAGCUUGUAAUAAUAAUUAUUAUGACUUAUUUAUAAUUUAAUUAUCUUUUGAUUAUAUUUAUUUAUGAAAUAAAUAAAAU